UUGUACCUCAAACAAUAAAUAUUGUUGGACCAUUACAUAUUCAACUUAAGUGUAUAUUUUAGCCAUGUUGUGUUAAUGAAAACCAACGUUGAGUUUAAAUUAUGUUAGAUUAUAGUAACUAUUUAUACAGGAGAAAUAGUAAUUAGAACUAAUAUUUUGUUUUUUACAUGUAAAGAUCUGAAAAAUCUCAUUUAAUUUUGGAUAAUGGGAGAGUUCAAGGCAUCGUUUUCUUCUAUUCGGAGCGGGGAUAUUAAACACAUUUAUAGCGGAUCACCUCAAGUUGUUAAAUACAGAUCUACCAAACCGUGUCCUAAGAAAGAUCAGAUAAUUUUAAAGGACGAAGAUCAGCAUCUAGAUCCCCACGUGCUGAAAACGUCCGAGUUUGUUCGAGAACACAGCUGUUACAUACCACGUGCUCCAGCGUUCCGAGUUCUCUCCAGUGAUAAAGUAGAUGAAAUGGUUUCCCGCGUUACAAAGCCUACCACGGCAAGCAGAGGUAUUGCAUUAAGAAGUGUAAAAGCAAUGUUAGAUGACAAGUCGACGAAUCAUUCAAAAUAUCUCGGUUUACAGAAGAUAGAUGAACGAGAACAGAACAUGCUAAAUAAAAGAAUUACCUACCCCACCCAUUCUUCGAGCAUGCGCGCAUAUCUUACGAAGAAAAAUCUAGAAGGUGUUAAGGAAAAGAGUUUUGUGCAUAAUAAAUAAUCAAGACAUCAUUCAAUUUCACUUUACUUAAUCAGCUUUAUCAAAUAAAGUGCUAUUUUGAUUUGUA